UGACUUGUUUUUCUCCGAACUUUCAUGUUAUCGGUUUUGAACUUUGAUCAAUUUCAAUUUGAUCGUUUCGUUUCGUUUCUAAUUAAACUUGUGUACAGGAAAUGAAAGAUAAAUUCAUUUAUUGAAUAAUGCACGAGUAAGCAUAUCGAGUUUCAAUACGUGUACUUUUGAAAAUAAUCCAAAAGUGAGCAUGUCGUCGUCCAGAUCCAUGUCUUCCUCGAACGAAUCUAAAAAGUCUCACGAAGAACUAGCAUCCAACUAUGCAUUGCAAGUUGCUCUACAAACGAUGAAAGAACGAUGUCAGCAAUUGCAAGCACGAUUAUCGGUAGUCGAAGAAGAAAAUCUACAACUGAAAAUCGAAAAACAGAGGUAUAUCCGUCAGGAAAACAAAAUCAAUACGAAUUUAUGUGAUAUAGAUAGAUUGCAAGAACAAAUCGCUCAGCUGAGCAGACAGAAGUCUCAACUGACCCAUCACAUUUACAUGGUUGCGACUGAAAAUAAGCAUUUAUGGACUAGACUAUCGCUGUUGACCGAAGCAAAUGAAUCUUUGGGCACUCGGUUGAGUAAGAUCUCCGUCGCGUUGAAUAAUCAUACGAGUAAAAGUGAACAGCUCCUACAAGAAGUUAAUCAAGAUAUGGGUAAUCAAAGCCUAGAAGAAAUUUCGUUAAAGCUGAUCAAUAACUUCCAGCUAGAGAAGAAUGAACUAGAGCAACAAUAUGCUGAGAUGGUUGAACUGCAUAGUUUCAAAGACUGUGAUUUUACGUUAGCAAGCGGUGACGGCUGCGAUAAUAAAUUGAUAAAUGAGGCUGAUAAUGGAAUCGAAGAUAGCGAAGAAGAAGUUUCCAAUGAGAUGCUUUCUGGUGACUUGAAACAGUGCCAGCAACAGCUUUCUAGGUUCUUGAACGCGAUGAAAAAUCAGAAAGAAAAUUUGCAGAAUACUAUGAAUCUUUUGAAAAAAUUUUCAAAUGGUGAUGAUCGGUGUCUUGUUUGUAAAAAGUAUCUAGAAAAUUCCAAAAAAGCGUAUCGUGAUGUUGAAGUAAUGGCUUUGCCUUCAGAAAUCAUUGAAAAAGAUUCUAUCGACGAGGAAGUUAGAAAUAUCACCGAAAAUUCCAAAAUGCAAACGUGUUAUUGUAAAAUGAAGUCUGAUCAGCGUAUUUGCCCGAUGUGCGGUUGUACAUAUUACAACACCGAUAAUAUGGAGUUCAUGGAUGAAUUUAUCGAACACGUUAGAAGUCAUUUUCCACAAAUAGAAAUCAAAACUGAUGAAUUCGAUCAAUUUUAUCACGAACAGCCUCCUUCGGUGAUGUAGUUUAUUCACCAGAAGCUGUUUUUCAACUUUUAACUACCUAUCUUAUUGUUAUGAUUAUGACCGUGUGUUCUCUUCUCUUUCUUGAAGCGUUCCAUUUGAAUUAUUCAAAAUUUGAGUGUACCCUUUUUUUUUAUAAAUACACGUGUAUGUUACAAUUUUUUUUUA